GAAUUCUCCUCUGUAGAGGAUCUGUGGUAAUGCUGUAACUGCCUGUAGCCGUGUUUUAGCUUUGCCAUGUGGUGAGGGGGGUUUGUUGAGGUCAGGCCGCUGUGCUGGUUCUGUGUGUUCAGUAGAGCGGUGUUUGGUGUGUGAUCAGUGGGCUGUGAGCUGUGUGGAGGUUCAGGAUGAAGGCUGAGGGGAUUGAAGGCUGUGAGCGGUUCCUCAGCCCCGGGAAAGGCCGCGGGGUCAGAGCCACGAAGCACUUCAGAGUAGGGGAUCUGAUAUUCGCCUGUCCGGCUUACUGCUGCGUGCUGUCCACCAGCGAGCGGGGCAACCACUGCGACUUCUGCUUCACCAGAAGAGAAGCUCUGUCCAAGUGUGGAAAAUGUAAACAAGCCUAUUACUGCAACGUGGAGUGCCAGAAAGGAGAUUGGCCCAUGCACAAGCUGGAAUGCUCUUCAAUGUGUUCAUAUGGUGAGAACUGGUGUCCUUCAGAAACUGUACGUCUGGUUGCAAGAAUCAUUUUAAAACAGAAGUUCCAGUCGGAGGGGACGCAGUCAGAAAGGUUGUUGCUACUGAAAGAGUUUGAAGCACAUCUGGACAAGGUAGACAAUGAGAAGAAUGAGAUGAACCAAACCGAUAUUGCUGCACUUCAUCAUUUUUACUCUCGGACUCUGGAUUUCCCUGAUAACGCCACUCUAACAGAACUCUUUGCACAGGUGAACUGCAACGGUUUUACUAUUGAAGAUGAAGAGCUGUCUCAUUUGGGUUCUGCAGUUUUUCCUGAUGUUGCUUUAAUGAAUCACAGCUGUAGCCCGAAUGUGAUUGUGACCUAUAAGGGCACAGUAGCUGAGGUUCGAGCUGUUCAAGAAAUUAACCCUGGAGAGGAGAUUUUCAACAGUUACAUCGACCUCCUAUAUCCGACAGAGGACAGGAUGGAGAGACUGGAGAGUUCCUACUUUUUUACUUGUGAUUGCAAAGAAUGCACCACUGAAUCAAAGGAUAAAGCCAAAAUGGAGAUUCGCCGGAAGCUAAGUACUCCCCCAGAGCCCGAGGAAAUUCGAAAAAUGGUGCUGUAUGCCAAGAAUGUCAUUGAGGAGUUCAGGAAAGCUAAACAUUAUAAGACUCCCAGUGAACUGCUGGAGAUAUGCGAGUUGAGUAUGGAGAAGAUGGGUUCCAUCUUUGAGGACACCAAUGUGUACAUGCUGCACAUGAUGUACCAGGCUAUGGGUGUUUGUCUCUAUAUGCAGGACUGGGAUGGAGCUAUGAAGUAUGGCGAGAAAAUAGUGGAACCCUAUAGUGUACAUUACCCUCCCUAUUCUCUCAACGUGGCUUCUAUGUACCUAAAACUUGGAAGACUUUACUUAGGACUUGAGAAGAAAACUGACGGAGUAAAAGCUUUGAAGAAGGCUCUGUCGAUCAUGAACGUGGUGUUCGGUAAAGAUCACCAUUACAUCGCUGAGAUAAAGAAGGAGAUGGACGAAUAGGAAAUGUGAAAAAGAUGAAGAAGGAGGACCUGGAACUGCAACAAGGCUGCAUGACAUAGAUUCUCUAUACCUCUGCUUGGAUAUAAAAUGAUGUCAUUAUUUCUUUUGGUGGUAUUUAGAAGUUUAAGUUUUUAAGUGAUUCCCCGGAAUGCUGUAUACUGAGGUGCUUUUAUUGUUCGUCUUCAUUUGGGACAAUGAGCAAGGGCUAAUAUUUAAAAAGAAAACAAAGUUCAGCAAAGUACAACAUUUGUUUUUAUGAAUGACUUGUUUUUGCUUUUCACUGUGUAGUGACCAGCCAAGGUAAACAUGAAAAUAAAUCUACAAAGUAGCUCUUUCACAGAA